AAUGACUAAAGUGAUGUGGAGACCAGCCAGCAAUAGGGCCAGAACCUGAUUGGACAAUGAUGCCAGGGCCAGUCACUGAUUGGUUCCAAUCCUCUCCUGAGGUAUGGGACUUGGACAAGGAAUUUCCAGAAGUAUCAAGGAAGGAGGACCAAGAGGAACCGGAGUUGUACUGCUUUGAGGACUUCGUCCCCUCCCAGGUUCUGCUGAAGCCUUGCACUACAAGAUGGCUGCAGGAAGUUGAUGAGGAUGAGGACGAUGAUGUCUUUCUCAGUAAAAAGGAACUCCAGCGGUCUAAGACUCUGCCAGUGAUUGAUGUGAGCCACAUCCUGCCAGUCACCUCCAGCAACAGUCUCAAGGUCACGGACAACACAUCCAUCAGGAAGUACUCUGCACCAGGGGAGAUAACUGAGACAUGCAGUAGAGAUGAUUCUAACAGUUCUGAACACUCUGGACGAAGUCGUGAGCGUGAUCAUCGAAAACUGCAGCUUAGAAGUGAAAGUGUGGAUCGCAGGAAGAGUUUAAAACGAGGGGGAUCUGCCAGGUCUCGCAGUUCUGCAUGGAAUUUUGAUGAUGACACAGAUUCUACGGCCUCAUCAGAGACAGUAACAACCGGCUCUGACGACCCUUCAACAUCGCGCACACCACAACUGUACUACACAACACCCCCGAGAGCCAACAUGGUGAAGGGAGCUGAUCACGAGAGAAGAUUGGAAAGUUCGGGAAGUUUUUACAAAUUAGCCCGUCGUCUAAGUCAGAAAGAUCGGAAGGACGCAGACUCACAUUCUCGACAGCGUUCGGUCAGCCUUGAUUGUGGUGAUGGACGAACUAUAAAGAUAUUCACAACAGAUGACCUAACCAUGGAUGGCAUGCCGGCUUUAACAGCCUCGCCCAGUGCCCCAGCCUUCCUCAGUAAGGGUGGGGCACCGAGCCCCUCCCCGAAUCGGCAGCCAAGGUCACUUGUUGUGACACCGAGAAAGAAGGGUUCAAGUAGUGACCUUGAGAGUUUAUCACCUGCAAAGAUGGAACGUCGACGCAGUGAAAAGGAUAGACGGUCAUGUUAUGACAUCCAUGCGCUGUUUGAUGCUGUGGAACAACAGGACAUUGAUGUGGUCAGGGCUAUAUUGGACACUGGAGGAGUUGAGCUUAACAGUGUCAACAGUGAGGGUUUGACCCCCCUGGAUGUGGCGGUCAUGACCAACAACAUCCCCAUGGCCAAAAUGCUCCUCUUCCACGGGGCAAGGGAGAGUCCUAUAUUUCAGCAAGGUGACUGUCGCCUGGACAAGCUGGAGGCUCUCAUAGCCGAGGCUGAGAAAAAGGUUGUCGACUUCACUGCAGCAGUUCUGAACAGCUCGUCGGGAAAUGCAAACAUCUCGCCUGCUCAGCAGAAGGAAAACGAGACUCAGCUAAGUCACUGGGAGUUCCGCUACCGACUUUUGAAGAGAAUGCGCGCAGGGUACGACCAUGCAAGGCCUCCAGAUGCUCCCACCAAUGUCCGUCUCAGCGUCGCCAGUAGCUCCUCUCUACUAGUCAACUUUGGGGAGCCACUGAACCACAAUGGAGCCGUAGUCACCAAGUACAGAGUGGAAUGGAGCAACACAGAGAACUUCACCACUAUAGCAGGGGAGGUAACUGUGGAAGAUGUACGUCAGCUGGCAUUUGAGAUUCAGGGUCUUGUGAAAGGAAGUCAGUACUAUGUCCGUGUAUCAGCGUGCAAUAUGAAGGGUUGUGGGACGUCUACCCUCAGCAAUCCACCUUGUGCUGUCCCAUCAAAUUGGCGUGAUGUGGACAGUGUUAGUCCCCGUCUAGACGGCAAAGUGCAAUCUCUACAAAUCCUCUUCCAUCAAGUCAAACAGUCAAGACCAUCUGAUGCCUCUGAGCUUAAAGAUUCACGACACCGGUCGACCGAUUCCCCUCAACAGCGGAAACGAAUCAGCAUCAAGAACCUCUUCAUCUCUGCACCAAAGUUCCAGAAAAGUCUCAAGAGAGGGGUGUACAUGGCGUGUCUGCUGUACAAUGAGGACAGAGUGUUGGUCACGUCCGAGGAGCAGCUGCCCAUCAUAGAGGUCGAUGAGAACUUCUCAGGCCCAUCUAUACAGUCUGACCUCUACUGGAUGAUGAAGAUUGCCUGUACAUGGGAUGAUGUGAAAUCACUCCGUCACGACAUGGACAAGAGUAACAGUGCAGGAACAGUUCACUUCCGCAGCAAGUUACUACAGGCUGCUUCCACACUGCAGUCUUCCUUGGGUAUUCAUGAUCUGGGUCAGUUCUACCACAAACCUCUGAAGGAUCCGAAUGGCAGCAUUGUUCUCAUCACUAUGAACCAUAUUCGUGAGACCAAGUUCGUCGCCCUUGGAUCUGGUAAAUGGGUGUCCCUGGGCAAGCUGACCCGACGACAGUCGUUGGCUGGAAUGGACAUAAAUGAUGCUAACAGUUUACUCCUUAGUAGUGUACCGGACAUGAUCCUGUACCAUCAGGUGAGCAGCAUCCCCUCCCGAGGCUUGUACCUGGGAUACCUCAAGAUCCAUGUCUCUGUGGAGAAGCUGCAGGUGCUUGUCCAGCACAAGAUGCCCAAUGUCCUGCCACAUGUCAAGAUCAGGGACUGCCCAAACGUAUCCAGAGAGGAGUGGGAGUAUUUGCAGAGUCUAGGUUCCGAUGAAUCUGUGAUGAAGCCAAGUUCCACCCAGCAGGAAUUCCGCACCAGCAUCAGCAAGGCAUCACGCAGACUUCUCUCAAUGCUUGGCAUCUCACCUGAUGUGGACCAUCGUGUGUACGACUUUGAGGUGAUAGAGCUGUCACCACAGGUGUCCUUCAUCCUAGUGCUGCCCCCUGCUGAGGAAGUGUGCAUCGUGCCAGGUCAAACUGACGACCUCACGGACAAGAAGGACCUCUCCUUCCUUCCGGUGCAGGUGUUUGAGAUGAUCAACUACUACACAUACCAUCCUGAGUUCAUCUCUCGCUACUCAAGACUAUCAUCCAUCAUUGAGAUGGAUGUCAACCUAGCACAACAGGCUCAUCGAGAGGCAUUCUCCAGUGAUGAGCUGAGCACUGCUAGAGUUCGUGUGGACGUCAUGGUACAGCUGCAGCAGACGCUGGAUAAGAUCUGGAAGAGUGUACGCUGGGUGAUGGACAUUAUCACCUAUGCCCGGGACAAAACUACCCGUGGUGGCAUUCCCCUAGCAGCCAUCUCCCAGUACUGUGACGACAACGACACUCCAGAACCAGAACGGCGAUCUCGGAUCCCGGACAAUAACAAUUCCUCCUCCGCCUUCUCCUGUGAUUCCAAUGAGAUCAGUGUCGGCAAGGACAAUCGUAAGAUUGCCAAGUUCUAUGACCCGAAUGACGACGUUCCCGGACAGUCGAGCGAAAGUGAAGCAGGGUCAUCUAGUCAUGCUCCAUGUUCCGGUGUACUGCGUGUGUACGCUGCGUACGAGACAGGACUCUCUAAAGGUGUGAGUGUUAAGCUUCAUGUGACCACAAAGACAUCAGCUCGGGAUGUGAUUAAUCUAGUCGUGAGACAACUCAACAAGGCCAUCAUUACACGUGGUAUUGAUGGACCUCUGUACACAGAGGAUCAACUGAGUGACUUCUGUUUGGUGGCUGUAAUUGGUGCAAGGGAACGUGUGCUUAGAGACGAUUAUGUCCCCUUGCAGCUUCAGAACCCCUGGACCAAAGGUCGUCUGUAUGUACGUUUACGGAAUAACGUUCUAGCAGCAAUCCAACAGGGCCAUGCGACGGCUGUGUAAUGUGUUCCAAUGGUCCAUUUCUCACUGGAUCCUUGUUCAGAUGAUGUGUGUAUUCACACUAAGGAUGAAACUGUGGACGCAGGUCACAUUGACCUGGUUGUGCCCACAGGUGUAAUCACAGUGCUCCUUCAUAAAGUGCUACAUGAUGUUGGUCCUGUACCAUUUGUAUAUAGUCAGUUUUUGAAUGUGUUACUUUAGACACUUGACAAUCGUGAACAGCUGGACAUUACCAAUCUGAAUUAACUUUCAAAAAAUUCAAAUUUUUGAAUUUGUAAAUCAAAACUGAACAAAUGGUCAAAAUCUUCACGGUCCUUGGCUUUAUUUCAUUCAUCCCCGCACCCAUCCACAAGGUGUUCACCCAUUUUCAUGAAUUGUAAUGAAGUCAAGUGUUGUUUAUUUGUGUUGGCAUAAUUCUGGUCAUGAAUGUCUCUGCUAGAAUACUCAACAGCAUUUAGUAUGCAAACUAAUGUUCUGUAACGACAAUCAAGCAUGUGUAAGUGUUUCAUCUGUACAAACCGACAUGGACAGAAAUGUUCACUGACAUUGUAUAUAUUUAGAUGUAUUUGUAUAUAUGUUGCCACAGAGUGUAGAAAGUGAUAGAUAUUUAUACCAAACAAAGAAGAAUGUGAUACAGUGUUUCAUAGCUCUGUGUGAGUGUUUGUAUGCCCUGCAAGAAAUGUUUGAUCAGUACUUUCCUGAAGACUUAUCUUAACCUUAAGGUUUUGCUUUAUAAAUUUAUGCAAAAACAUUUUAUUGCAAAUUAUGCAAGGUUGUUAAGUUAUUUUAAAAGUUUUUGAAUAUUAUUUUAGGUAUUUAUUGAACAGCAAGCCAUUCCAGUUAGUUUGAGUCUGUGGGUAGAUUCACCUGCAAAAAUGUGCCGUCAAUAACAGAUGCUCAAAUUGUAGCCAAAAUAUUCCAUGUCGCAGAACAGAAUCUGACAGUAACUACAAGAGAUUUUUUCUCUCAUUUACUCCUAAUUCUUACCUAUUGUUCUGUUUAGGAAUUUAAUUAUUUAAAAAUUGAAUCAAAUUUUUAGAUGUUCACUAGCCACAAUCAGUUGGUUAUGGACAGAUUUUUGGUUUUGGAUUUUCUACAGUCGUAGGAAGAAAGAAAAGUGACCCGGUUUACCCUGCUCCUGAGUGAGUGGUCCCCCCUGUGAGAGUGGUCUCCCUUGUGCACAUGUAUAUUGCCUGCACAACAUGGUCUAUUUAUUGUUGUUGAACGACGUCUUUCAUAUGUCUGUGAUCAUCAUGAUCAGUGCAUUCUGGUCUUCAUUCUAAUUGAUUAUCAUCAAUAAACAACAUGAGUCAUGAA